AGUUAUUGCGCUUUGAAUCAGGAUUGGCAUCGACGAAUCCCUCCGUUGCAAAUUAAGUGAUCUGAAGAAAGAAGAGAAUCAGUUCCCAGAUUUUCGCCGCGUUUCUGAAUUUUCCGAUCGACAAAAUCUCUGCAAGUUUCCAAUGGGCAGUGGGAGAAAGAAGUGGCGUACCGAUGACUCCGAGCCUUCUUCAUCGUCUCCAUCCUCCGACGACGAUUCAGACACCUCCGCUUCGCGGUCGCGCCGCCAUCACCGUGGCGGCGGUUCAAGAAGGGAGAAGGACAAGAAGCGAGAGUCGAGGAAGAGAAAGGACAGGAUGAGGGAGAGAGAUAGAAAGAGGAGAAAGAAGAAAUCGAGAAGGGAGGGCAAGAGAAAGAGGGAUUAUUUUUCCGAAAGCGAUGAUGGGUCCUCUGGCGAGUCUGAGCUAGAGAAGGUGAGGAUUGAGCCUGAAGUGGUUGUGCGCCAGCUGCUGAAGGAAUUUCCUGAUGUUGGGGAUGACUUAGAACAGCUUCUCAAAAUGAUUGAUGAUGGACAAGCUGUUGACAUCAGCGGAAUUUCUGAAAGGUCUUUGACCAAGCGUUUAAAGAAGCUGUUCCGCUCGUUAAACCUUGAAGAGACUCAAGAUAGGGUAUUCUUAUUACCUUCCAAUGGUCGUUCUACUUUGGAACUUAUUGGACCAAUUAUUCAGUUUCACAUGGAACAAAAGAGGAACCAGUUUGACCAUUCUGUUACUUUGGAUAAUAAGUCGUCACCCCCUUCGAAUAUGGAAACCACACAAGCAAGAGAGGACAAUAUGUCAGAAUUGGCAUGCCCAGAUGGUGAAGCCAGUGGUCCUAAAAGAAGGAUGCUUGGCCCUGAAAUGCCAUCGGCUGAGCUUCUUGCUGCUGCAGCAAAACUAACCGAAGCGCAAACUGAGCUUAGGGAAGCUGAGUUGGAGGAAGACAAUGAGUUAUUUGUUGGGCCUCCACCACCUGCUAUGGUUGCAGAAGCUGAAACAGCUAAUGAGGCAGAGCGAUUUGAAGAGGUUUCAAGAAUUAUGGAUGUGGAGGGAGAUAGCCCAUAUGACAUUUUAGGAUUGAACCGAAACCUCUCCAUUGAAAACAUUAAGAAGAGGUAUUGGAAGAUGUCACUUUUGGUGCAUCCAGACAAGUGUUCUCAUCCUCAAGCCAACCAAGCUUUUAUUAGAUUGAAUAAUGCUUUCAAAGAAUUACAAGAUCCUGAUAAGCGGAAGGCAUUGGAUGACAAAAUUAAACUCAAGGAGGAACAGGAGCAAUUUAAAGUUGAAUUAAGAGGUAUGCGUGAGGCUGCAAAAUGGAGACAGUCACAAGGGAUAUCAAUGGAUGGUGAUGAAGAACUCCUUGCCAACACGGAAGAUGAUGUCAAAGUAGAACCGAAAAGAGACGAAUGGAUGACGACCCUACCUCCUGAAAGAAAGCCUGGCAUCACCAUGCAAUCUUCUAGAUUUAGCAAGAGCUCCAAGGAAGGUCGUGGCGAUACAAGUGUUUGGACGGACACACCAUUGGACAGAGCUCAGAAAGCAAAGACGAGUUACUUGGAAGCAUACAACGAAGCCACUGCGCUUGCUUCAAACGAAGAAGCAAAGAAACAUAGUUCAGAGUCAGCUUUGGUGGACAAAUACAAUAAAGAAAAGCGCUCUAAAUCGUUGAUAGAGAAGCAUCGGGAAGAGACACGAAGCCGUGCAAAGAAGAAAUCGAAGCAGGUGGCGGAGAAAGGCGAUGAUUGGGUGGGGAAACAUCCAUGGAAGCCUUGGGACCGCGAGAAGGAUCUAACUGCUGGGAGGAAGACCGUAAAUUUUGAUCCCGAGAACAUGGCUCAAGGCUUAGGCUCCAGGUUUUCCUCAGGAAGUUACCAAAGAAAUUUUCUUUAGAAUCAUUUGUAUUUGUAUAUGAAAUACUGCGAGGAUGGUGGAAACCUGCUUGCAACUCUGCCUCCAAUGUAGCAUUUGAUUUUGUAAUGUGAAUUUAAUUCAGUUCUAACCUAAGUUUUCUCGGAGGAUA